ACAGAAGUAAUAAGUGUUUGGCUACAUAAAAUCUCUAAAUAAAAUUUUUAUAUAUCAAAUAUUAAAUAGAUAUUUUUAAUAGCAUUUAUCGGAAAAUAUGUCGAACAAACUAAUUGAAAUCGCACAAGAAGACUGGCCAGCUCUACGUGAUUUGUACAAGGAAAAGAAACAGUUUGCAAGCUCAUAUUUUUUAAUACAAAACUAUAUUUCAUUGAAAAUAAAGAAUUCCGAGGAAAACGUAAGAAUAUUAUCGCUUAAUGGUGAUUGGAAAGACGAUGGCACUUUUAUAUUGAAGCACUGCUUCAAGAAAUUCACUUACACUUUUGUAAAUACUCUCAGUACAAAUCAAGAACGUCUAUUGCAAGCGCUCCAUUGUCUUGACCCCAAUAAGGAACUAUUUUUGUAUGGCUUCCAGGAACAUGUUAAACAAACUAUAGAUAAUUAUUUUAAGUGUUUUACAAUGGACACAACUUCGAUAUACAGUGGAACCAAUUGGUUCCAUCUUGAUAAGGAGAAGGCAGAACAGUUUUCGAUUGAGGCCCCCACUGGUAUUAAAUUGAUUAAAUUGGAACCACGUCAUGCAGAAAAAGUGAACAGUAUUUGGCCACAUCGUGGACCUGACUCAAUUGAUUUUGUCAAUUAUAUAAUAAAAAACGACAUUUGUGUGGGUGCAGAAGAUGAAUCAGGGGAAUUAGUUGCAUGGUGUUUACGUUUACCUUUGGGAUCUUUGGGUUUAUUACAAGUUGUGGACUCACAUAAACGUUUGGGUUUGGGAAGCCUGAUGGUGCGGACAUUAUCACAUACCUUGGCGAAAAAUAACAUAGAAGUUAUGGCUCCAGUAGUAUUUGAAAAUGUGGCUUCACGUUCAAUGUUUGAGAAAUUGGGCUUCAGAGCUAUCGAUAAGGUAUACUGGGCUCCAAGACCGACCAAGCAAGCAUAAUACUUUACAGUUAUAUAUAAUAUUUUAUAAUAAUUCAUUUAUUUCUCAUUAUAAAUAUGCUUACUAUAUUAAAAGAUUGAUAGUACAUAAUUUAGGUAUAAUAAUAAUAAGUACACCAUUUGUAUUAUUUUUAAACUGAGGCGCGUAUGAACUAUGCCCAGUGAUAUAUCCACAUAUACUUAAUAGUUAAUAUAUCAUAAUUUCUUAAGUUCCUUAAGUUAAUAAAUACAUUUCAUAGUUGGUUAAAUCAGCAAUAAUUUGGUUAAAUUUUGUAAACCCUUAAAGGUAAUAUUUUUAAAAAAAUCGAUAAGAAAAAAUUUGAAAGAAUAUACGUAUUUAUAUGAAGAAGUGUCUCAGGUGCAAGUUUUUAGAAUGGAAGUCAAUGAAGGGCGUAUAAUUAAAAGUAGCAGAUGUUUUAAUAUAUGUGAUAAAUAAAGUUUAUGUUUGUAUAAUGCAAACUAAUAUAUGCAACUCAAUUUAAUUUAAAAUAAAAUAUUAAUCUACUUAAUAAAAUAAAUUAGUAAUAAUAUGUGAAAAAGACCAAUCAUAUGCGAAA